AUGGAUAGAUAUAUUAAAGUGCGAAAGAUUGGAGAAGGAUCCUUUGGGAAAGCAAUUCUUGUCAAAGCUAAAGAGAAUGGCCAACAUUAUGUUAUUAAAGAAAUAAACAUCUCUAAGAUGUCAAAUAAGGAGAGAGAAGAAUCAAGGAGAGAAGUUGCUGUAUUGGCUAACAUGAAACAUCCGAAUAUUGUCUUGUAUAGAGAGUCAUUUGAAGAGAAUGGCUGUCUGUACAUAGUGAUGAAUUACUGUGAAGGAGGCGACCUGUUUAAAAAAAUAAAUGCUCAGAAAGGAAUCUUGUUCUCUGAAGAUCAGAUUCUGGAUUGGUUUGUACAAAUCUGUUUAGCGCUAAAACACAUACAUGAUAGAAAGAUCUUGCAUCGGGACAUAAAGUCACAGAAUAUAUUUUUAACCAAAGAUGGAACAAUACAGCUGGGAGACUUUGGGAUUGCCAGAAUUCUUAACAGUACUGCCGAGUUGACUCGCACUUGCAUAGGAACGCCAUACUAUUUGUCGCCUGAAAUAUGUCAGAACAAACCUUACAACAAUAAAAGUGAUAUCUGGGCCCUUGGUUGUGUUCUGUAUGAAAUGUGCACACUUAAACAUGCGUUUGAAGCUGGUAACAUGAAGAACUUGGUACUCAAGAUAAUCUCUGGACGUUUCCCUCCUGUUUCUGUGCAUUACUCCUAUGACCUACGUAAUCUGCUGUCACAGUUAUUUAAAAGGAAUCCUAAGAAUAGACCCUCAGUAAACUCCAUAUUGGAGACGAACUUUAUAGCGAAACGGGUUGAAAAAUUUCUCACACCACAGCUUAUUGCAGAAGAAUUCAAUCACAAAAUCUUCCAGAAGUUUGAACCACAUGCUGCACCGGCUAAACGACCAUCUCAAGAACAAAUACUGACUUCCGUUGCACCAGCUCCGAAAAUUACCAAACCUGCUGCAAAAUAUGGAGUGCCUUUAGUGAUCAGAAAGUCUUGUGGUGCACCUAAAAAGCCUAAUGAGAAGAAGCCAUUGGCUAAAUCUAGGCAGAUUUUUCAGGAACCUUCAAAAAAGAAAAGGUUAGAAUUGCCUGAAAAACAAAAACGCCAGAGAGAUCAGGUCAGUUUACUGAAGGCAGAUGAAAUGAGAAGAUUGGAAAAAGAAAGGAUGGAACGAAUAAACAGAGCCAGGGAACAAGGAUGGAGGAAUGUGCUUGGUUCAGGUGGAAGUGGUGAUGUUAAGGCACCAUAUUAUGGCGGUGGAGGUGGUGUUGGUCCUUUUCCUGUGUCUUCCAGAGGACAAUAUGAACACUAUCAUGCUAUUUUUGACCAUAUGCGACAGCAAAAGGAAAACAUUAGAGUAGCUGAAGAGAGGGAAGCCAAAUUGAGGGCGAAAGUACGAGGCCGAGAAGUUGUUGAAAGAGGAAUUCCACCUGGAAUACGUCCAGGAGUUCCUAAGGGGCCUGCAGGUCAUCACCAUUUGCCUGAUGCUGGUGCAGUUAGGAAAAAAAUGAAAAGAUUGAAGGAGGUGUCUAAACAAGCCAAUGCAAACAGGCAAAACGGAUGGAUAGCUGCAGAUAGAGCAAAGCAAGUUGAAGAAUUCUGGCAACGAAAGAGAGAAGCCAUGGAAAACAAAGCUCGAGCUGAGGGACACAUGGGUACACUGCAAAACGUGGCAGAUAUCUAUGGAGGCAGGUCCAUUUCUACAAGAGGAAGGAAAUCCAGAAACAAGGAGGAAGAGGAAUAUUUGGCAAGAUUAAGACAGAUCCGGCUACAAAACUUCAACGAACGUCAACAGAUUAGAGCAAAACUUCGUGGAGAGAAGAAUGAAGCUGCCGGUUCUGAUGGACAAGAAUCAAGCGAGGAAGCAGAACUGAAACGCAAAAAGAUAGAAGUGCAGAAGGCCCAAGCAAAUGCUCGAGCUGCAGUUCUGAAAGAACAGUUAGAGCGGAAGAGAAAGGAAGCAUAUGAAAGAGAGAAAAGAGCCUGGGAAGAACAUUUGAUAGCAAAAGGGGUAAAGAAUCCAAAUGUGCCUUUUAAUGUGGGAGCUACAGAACACAGUCCUGUGCAUGGACUACAAGAGCUUGGAGCAGCUCUUUCUAAGCCACAACUUCCAGUGAAGCUUGGUUCACCAGUCAUCUCCAUGACUUCUGCUUUGAAGGAAGUGGGUGUGGAUGAAAAUGUAACUGCAAUCCAGGAAGCUGAGGAGGAAAUAAAAAAGCCAGAUGUUGCAAUACAAAAUAAACGAGAAAUACUGAGAAGAUUAAAUCAAAAUCUUAAAGCUCGAGAAGAUGAGAAAGGACAAAAGGAGUGUAAAAAUAUCUCUGAAUCCGCUGGCUCUGAAGGUGGUAAGGAACAACAAGAAAAUGACCAUCCAGUUCUAGGAGAUCGCAAAAAGUGGGAAUCUGGGGCAUCUGAGUUGGUAGUUCCUCUAGCUCAGUUGUCAAUGGAAGAUUCUCUCUCUGGAACAGACCGUCAAACUCUGGGGGAAGUCCUUAAGUUAGAUAUUGGUGAACCCCACAGGAAAGUCUGGGGCAAAAGCCCUACUGAUUCAGUCCUGAAGAUCCUAGGAGAAGCAGAGUUGCAGCUACAAACGGACUUACUCGAGGAACUGGAUGCGAUAAGUGGUACCACAGAACUUCUUGAAGAAGAUCAUCAGUCCUUAACCGUGAAAGAGGAGAAGGAAGAGAAAGCUUCUGCUGUCGGAGCUCAGUCUUCAGUACCAGCUGGUGUCACAGAGUCUGACGUGACUACACCAGAAGAAUGUCAAAGAGCUGGACCUACCCAGGUGCAGAGCAAACCUCUUAUGCUGGAUGUUUUAGAGCCUGAUGAUUUGGAAACCGAGACAUUGGAAGAAACAAAAGAAGAUAAAAAGCACCAGAAUAAGGAGAGGAAGGAAUUUCCCAUCACUGUUAAUGAAGUGUGGGUAAAAGAGAAAGAGGAUAAGGCACAACAUGAUGGAAGAAGCGAGGCAGCUGGUGAGAAACUAGUGCUUGACAAGGUGCAACCACAAAAGGAAGCUCCAGAAGAAACUUGUUCCAGUGACUCUCCGCAACCUGAACCCUUAUUUCAGAGGGUAAUACAUCCCACAGCUGUACCAGCAGCCUCACCAGUUCUGUCAGCUCAGUCUUCACAGGAAGAACCUUUUGUACCUCGCUCACGUUCCAUAUCACCAGCAAAAAAUAAAGGCAAAAGUUCAUUGCUGAUUGGACUUUCUACAGGGCUUUUUGAUGCAAACGACCCAAAGAUGUUGAGAACAUGUUCGCUCCCGGAUCUUUACAAACUGUACAGAACUUUAGUGGAUGUUCCCAGCAUAGCAGAUGUGCGGCAUCAGCAUAAUCUUGAAACAGAGGAUACGGAAGAUGAGCAAGCCAAAGAAGGACCCUCUGAUUCUGAGGAUAUUAUGUUUGGGGAGGCAGACACAGACUUGCAGGAACUCCGGGCCUCAAUGGAACAAUUGCUUAGGGAGCAGCCUAGCGAGGAGUUCAGUGAAGAGGAGGAGUCUACGUUAAAGGCCAGUGUCAUCAGAUGCAUAACAAAUGGUACAGAGCUGGAUGAAGGAGAUGAAAAUAACCCCAGCAGUGAAAGUGCACUUAAUGAAGAAUGGCAAUCAGACAACAGUGAUGGAGAGAUCACCAGUGAAUGUGAAGAAUGCGAUAGUAUCUUCAGCCAUUUGGAAGAGCUGAGAGAUAACCUGGAGCGGGAAAUAGGCUUUGAUAAAUUCAUUGAAGUUUAUGAGAAAAUAAAGGCUAUACAUGAAGAUGAAGAUGAAAAUAUCGAUACUUGUUCCACCAUAGUUCAAACUAUUCUUGGAAAUGAACACAAACACCUCUAUGCCAAAAUACUUCACCUAGUAAUGGCAGACGGAGCCUACCAAGAAGAUAAUGAUGAAUAAACCCGACUCAGGAACUUCUGUAAUGCUGUACUGCAUAUUGGUGUUUGAAGUCUGCACAGCUGAGUAACAAACAGUAGUGGAGAAUGUGACAUGGGGCAGGAGAAGCAAGACUUCAGAGAAGAAUGCUGAUUCUAUGAAAAAGAGGAAAAACAUGCCUUUUAAAACUGAGAUUGCUCUACGCUUCUCUUGUGUGUACUUGCAUAUGUGUUGAU